AGCGAAAAGUAUUUUUAUUAAUUUUUGUGGUUUCCACAUAUGGCGCCAUUAUGGAAGAUUCAGAAAUUACAACAGUUAUCCAAAAAUGUGUCAUAAAAACAAACGCAAAUGAAUCGGAAUUUUCUAGCCCCCAGUUUCUUCAAACGACACCAUCAGAGUCACUUUUAUGCGCAGCAAAGUGUGUUUUAGAAUCGCUUGAAAUCGUCGAUUCUGAUGGAAAUAUUAUAAUGGACUCUUUGAAAGAAUAUAUUCGUCCUUUAUUUACUUCAGCUCGAGAAGCUAUAGUCACAUGUGGAGACGAAAUUAAAACUGUUACGACCUGUGAUGAUAUGGAAAAAUACAGAAAGUGCAUAAUGCCACUGAUGAAAAACUCAUCUUGA